AUGUCGCGGGGCAGUGGGAAGGGGCUCAGCCUGAAGGACAAGCUGGAUGGGAACGAGCUGGACCUGAGCCUGUGUGAUCUGAACGAGGUGCCGGUGCGGGAGCUGGCUGCUCUUCCGAAAGCUACUGUCUUGGAUUUGUCCUGUAACAACCUCAUUUCCUUGCCGUCAGACUUCUGCAGUUUGAUGCAUCUGGUGAAACUGGAUUUGAGUAAAAAUCGGCUGCAACAGCUGCCCUUGGACUUUGGCCGCCUGGUCAAUCUGCAGCACCUGGACCUUCUGAACAACCGCUUGGUCACCCUGCCAGUCAGCUUUGCACAGCUCAAGAACCUGAAGUGGCUGGAUCUGAAGGACAAUCCCCUGGAUCCUGUCCUGGCUAAAGUGGCAGGAGACUGUCUGGAUGAGAAUCAGUGUAAGCAGGCUGCUGUCAAGGUACUGCAGCACAUGAAAGCAAUCCAGUCUGAGCAAGAUCGACAACGGCAGCGGAAACUCCAGGCAGAGAGAGAAAUGGAGAAGAGGCGUGAAGCAGAACAGCGAGCAAAGGAGGCUCAGGAGAGAGAACUGCGGAAGCGAGAGAAGGCAGAGGAGAAGGAGCGCAGAAGGCGGGAGUACGAUGCUCAGAAAGCUGCAAAACAGGAGAUGGAAAAGAAAACUAAAAAGGAAGCCGUGCACACCCGAAAGCCAGCCUCCAGCUCCCGUCCCCCUCAGCCGCCCCGGCACAAGCCCUCGUGGUCACGGUCGGUGCUGAGAGUCCUGCUCUUUGUGCUCUUCUGCAUCCUCUGUACUCUGGCUGCCUGCAAGCUGACGGAGCUGCAGCAUCAACCUCUGUGUGUCAGCGUGAACACCCUCUACGAGGACGUGGUGGCUGCUCUGCAAAACCACAAAACCCUGCAGAAUAUGCUACAGCACAACUCGCAGCAGUGAUUGUCCUGGAUGGGCACUUGCUUCGUCAGCAUCUCCUUCCACCAUCUACGCAGCCAGAAUUCCUAUGGAAUUGUGUUCUGAUGAAACUGCUUUGGACCAGUCAGCGUUGGUUUGCUGCUCCACUCCACAGAGCAGAGCUGUUGUUCAAACCAUCUUUGUUGUGCAUGUCUCUCAGUCGGCCUGUAACUCCCAUUAUUUGUGCACAUUGACCUAAACUUGUUACCAUUCCUUGCUUCCAAGUGGUAUCCUGCAAGGUACAAGAAGCUGACAGUCUAUAGGAA